GCUGGCAAGUGUAACAAGUAGGAUGGCUGAGAGCAAGGUAACUGUGUCGAUUCUACCCGGCAACAUCGUCGGCCUCAAGAGCGCUCUACCGAACGGGACGGAUUGGUACGUGUUCAAAGGUAUCCCGUACGCCGAACCACCAGUGGGACAGCUUCGCUUUAAACCACCGGUGCCGCUUACAACACUCCCGGCUGAUCCGCUCGAAUGUUUCACCGACGGACCCAGUUGCUAUUCGGAAGAUGUGCGCAUCAAGCGUAUGUCCGAAGAUUGCCUCUAUUUAAACGUGUACAGCCCUCAGCUACAGCCAAAAACGCCACUCCCGGUCAUGGUGUGGAUACACGGUGGUGGCUUCUAUACCGGAACCGGUGAUUCCUCGUUCUAUGAACCGCCGUACCUGGUACAGCAGGGUGCCGUCGUUGUGUGCAUCAACUAUCGCCUUGGACCGCUCGGGUUUCUUUCGCUCCCAUCGGGCGGCAUCGAAGGAAACAUGGGCCUGAAAGAUCAACGGAUGAGUCUUCGGUGGGUGCAGGAAAACAUUGCACGCUUCGGUGGCGAUCCGAACAAUGUGACGAUAUUCGGCGAGAGUGCCGGUGGCGCUUCGGUACAUCUGCACUAUCUAAGCGAAGCAUCGAGACAAUAUUUCCACAAAGCAAUCGCCCAGAGUGGUACGGCGUUUAAUGAGUGGGUAUGGCAGCGUGAUUCUGACGAGCGGGCGCGGAAACUUGCCCGUCUGCUCGGUGCGCGGGAUGAUACGGAUGAAGCAGUAUUGGAUACGCUUAUGAGCGCAUCCGCGGAAACGAUGACGGCAAUACAAAACCAAAGUAUGAACGAUCGGGACCAGACCAUGCUGAUACGGUUUCCGUUUACGCCCGUCAUCGAACGGGUGGAGAGUGUGGAUGCUAUUAUUACGGAACAUCCGUCGCGGGCUAUCGAAAAACGGUUUCGCAAAGAUAUUCCUCUCAUGUUGGGAGGUACCAACGAUGAAGGUUUGGUACUGUGGACAAUGCUUACCGAAAGGCUGCCCCUGUUGGCAAGCGAUCCAACCAGAUUGAUACCAGCCACGCUGGAUGUACGCAGCGAGGAAGAUACCCGAUCUGCCAGUGAGGCAAUUGAGAAGUUUUUCUUUGGUGAUCACCCGAUUUCGGUGGAAACGAUGCGAAAAAUUACUACGGUGUUGGGUGAUAAUUUUAAUACCUUCGCAGGAUAUGUCGCAACGGAGCUGCACGCUCGCUUCCAGCGUGCUCCUCUGUAUAUGUACAUCUUUUCACAUAUGGGAGAUCUUAACAAAUUCCGUGAAGAAAUGAAAGUCCCAUCCGAUCAGAUCGGAGCCUGCCAUGCUGACGACUUAUACUAUCUGUUCAGCUCUUCCCUGUACAACACGGAUGCGGUACAAGAUCAUACCGAGACGGGACGAUUCCGGGAGAAUUUCUGCAACUUAUGGGUAAACUUUGCAAGGUUCGGAAAUCCGCAUGCAACGAUCGUCAACUGGCCACCGGUAGAACGUGUGGUGGAUGAAUCGGUUAGCUUUUAUCCUUCGGCAAUGAACCUGACCGACAUUGGCGACUGUAAAAUGACGAAUGAUUUUUUCAGCGAACGUUUCCAAUUUUGGAAGGAUCUUUAUCACAAAUUUAAUGGAUCACAUCUGUUGCCGAAAGUAGAACAGAUAUCCUUCGUAGUAAUAUCAGCAGUGUUCAUCUUAAACUCACAGAUCAGUAACAUAAACCGUAAGAGUGUAAACCUCAAGUGUGGUACCGUGUGUGGUGUUGUGGAAAAGCUUGCAGAUGGAAACGAUUUUUAUGCGUUUCGUGGCAUACCGUACGCUACGGCACCGAAUAAUGAAAAUCGAUUUCAACCUCCACAACCGUUAACAAAGUUUUCAUCUCCCGUGCUGGACUGCAGCGUGGAAAGAGAUACUUGUGUAGCGAAAAAUCCCUUCAAUCAGCGCUGGCAAGGUUCGGAAAACUGUUUGCACCUGAACGUGUACACACCACAAAUACACCGGCCCGAUGCCCCCUUACCGGUCAUGGUGUUUAUACACGGUGGUGCAUUUAAGUAUGGCAGCGGAAAUAGCGAUUGCUACUCACCGGAGGAUCUGCUGGAACAGAAUGUUGUCGUCGUAACGUUCAACUAUCGAUUGGGUCCGCUCGGAUUUCUUCAUCUCCCAUCGCAGGGUAUCGAGGGCAAUAUGGCACAGAAGGAUCAGCUGCUGGUACUACGCUGGGUAGCGGAAAAUAUCGCUCACUUCAACGGCGAUCCUAACAAUGUGACACUGUUCGGUGAGAGUGCCGGAGCAAUAUCUGUCCAUCUUCAUCUGCUAUCGCCACUGUCUACACAAUUCUUCCAUAAAGCGAUUUGUCAAAGCAGCGUAUCAAUAGCGGAUUAUGCUGUACCGAACGAUACUCUCGGUAACACGCGACGUCUUGCCAAGCUGAUCGAUCCAUCCGCCACCACAGAUCCAGAGAUUCUCGAAACGUUACGUACAGCACCAGCAAAACAGCUGGCCGAGCUGUGUGACCGUACGACGACGGAAGAGGAAAAGCGUGGCACUGUCUUGAUGCCCUUCCGACCAGUAGUGGAUGGAGCUGGGAAAGAUCCAAUGAUGCCGCUACAUCCCAUCACAGCGAUGCGUACACCUGGUCUUAUUCCAUCAAUACCGCUACUGCUCGGAUAUAACAAUCGAGAGGGCGGCAGCUUUCUGACACACAUCACGAAAUAUCCCGAACGUUACCGGAACGAUAUGGAACGGUUUAUACCGCGUACCGUCAAUGUUAGCCAUGGUUCGCCGGAAGCGAAGGCACUUGCACGCAAGAUUGAAACAUUUUACUACGGCCCGGAAGGCUACAGUCCAAGAAAAAUCGACGAAUCGGCGAAUCUACUGUCUGAUGGUAGUUUCGCGAUCGUUAUGAGAAUUACGGCAGAAAUGCACGCUCGUUAUCAGCACCGAUCGCCACUAUACUUCUAUCGGUUUGAGUAUGAAGGCGAGCUGAACCUUUACAAGAAGUUGCUCCCUUUCCCAAUUGCCGGUGCAUAUCACGCCGACGAGCUGGGUUAUCUGUUUCGUAUGCGUAUGUUCCCAAAGGAGGUACUUCCGCAAUCGAUCGAAGCACGUGUCCGACGAUACAUGUGUCGCCUAUGGACCAACUUCGCUCGGUACGGCAAUCCGACACCAUCGCAUGAUGAAUCGCUUCCCUUUCGCUGGGCACCUGUGCCACCGGUGAUGGAAACGGAUCCUAAUGCUCCUUUCCAUCUGCCUUACUUACGCAUCAACUCCCAACCGCAGAUGGCGAUCGAUCCGGACAGGGAAAGGAUAGCGUUUUGGCAAAGCAUCUACGACGAGCAUAAUGGGGGUUUCCGGAAUCCUACAUUUAUACGUUAGAAAUUUACAUCUCACACGUUGCUCUUAUGCUCUAAUCGAUUCGUCCACCCAAAAACCCGCUUAUCAGCAAUUUGUCACCACUUUCGCUUCGAAAUCAAUUAACUACUCAAAAACAAAUUUGGGUAUGUCAAACAAACGCAAAUCGACCGUCACGGUUCCAUCUCCUAUCGCUGCUGACCGCACUCAUCGACCGAACACACUUCGGUUCGCGGUCAACUGGGACAUUCUGACGCUUAUCAGUACGAGCCCUCUACACUAACCGUUGGCCUAUAUUUGUGCGGAGUGCAAAAGUAAACGCAAAUACACAAACACACAAUUGA